ACAAUCUUUUAUUCUUACCUACAUGUAUUAGUCGUAAAAUAUGUUAUUGAGAAACAUAUUUACAACGUGGUAAUAAUUUUGAAUUAUUCUAGGUUUUGAUUUCCAUUUACUCCUGUGUCGUUACGAUUUACGUGAAAAUGUAUGCACAUAACUUAUUAGCUACUGUGGUGGUUGUUUUAAUCUGUGUUUCGCUUAAUGCAAAGGGAGAGAACUGUAUACGUGAUGACCGCGGCCUCUGUAUCGCCGAUUGUCCACCAGGGACUUACUCCUACAAUCCCAGCUGCACCGAGCAAGCCAUGUCACAGCGAACUUGCCGCAAACCUCAAGCAAGAGCUAUUGGCGUUUUUUGUGAUUACUCUAGAUGCGAUUGUGCCGAGCCAAAAGUUUGGGAUGAAGCCGCUAAGAAAUGUGUUUUGAUACAAAAUUGUUCUGAUCAGUCGAAAAUAACUGACAACGGUGAUAGAGUGUAAAAACUAAAAUAACAUUUUGAGAAUAUUAUGUUAUUUAUUUUUAAUGUUAAAUUACUGUCAUUUGCCAAUUCUUAUUAUAAGUAACAUAUAUGGAUUAAUAUUAAUAACGUAUUAGCCAUUACUGUGAAUACAUUACAAUAUUUUGAUUUAGUUAUUAUUGUAAUUGGUAUUUAUUGAUGUUAAUAAUACGUUGGCUGUUAAUGUGUAUUAUAUAAAUUAUAGUACACGUUGAUAUUUACUUAAUUAAUAUUAAUACAUAAAUAUUAAUAAUAAUAAAAAAAUUCAUAGUAUAACAAAAAAAAAAAAAGAUUAUCUUAAUGUUUCGAAUGUGUACCAUAAUCUGUUUUGUUGAUCUAUUAAAUAUAUUUAAAUUUAAAAAUCAUCUUCAGUGUUAUUUGUAUCUGUAUUAAUAUCUAAAGAUUUUUAUGAAGAAAUUGAUAUAAACGUAAUAACUACUAUCUUAUACAAUAUAAAACAAAUAAUUGUAUAAAUUAUUUGAUUAUAAUAUUUGAGUUUAUUUAAUAUAGAUACGAUCUAUAUUAUUUAUUAGUUUUUACUAUAAUUAUUAAUUAAAUGAGUAAUAUAGAUAGGUACAAGUACGGAAUACAAACUGUAAAAUCACACCUUGAAGUUAAGGAUUUUAAUAAAACUUAUUUUUAUUAAUUUUA